AAUAUCAGCAUGUUUUCUGAUGAACGACUGCAUCAUUUUCUCAAGCGCUAAACCACGCCCUCAGUAUUUUGACCGUUGCGCAUUCUUGCUGCGCGUCAACGUCAACUUUUUAAUGCGGGAGAAACAACUGUUCAGCAAACUGCCGAAGAAGAAUACUUAAGAAAGAAGAGACAGCACGUGGGCGAUUAUCCAGAGGAAUCUUUAUGGUGAGUACGUUUAUUUGGUUUUUGAUGAUCAAUGUUCAUUCUUUGAGUCACAUUUUUCCUAAAUUAGUCGAUAUUGGUUAAUUAGGAAAAAUAGACACUUCUACCUUUUCUUUGUAAAUUAUCAACAUUCCUGAAUGUUUAAAUCUAACUGUAUUUUUAAAUCCUGUUUUAUAAAAUAAAUACGUUUUUGUCUUUUGUUGCGAUGGAUUUUGCUGCACAAUUAAAUUGCGUUGGAAGUCGUGCAUAUGAUUCUGCUGCAGCCUCGUUAGCCAGAUUAGCUCAUCUGAAAGCCUUCCAUCGGUUAAUACUGUACUGAGGAGGCCCAACAGUAGAAAGAUUGCUUUAUAUAAUAUUCUGAGGAGAUAAUGAUUAUUGAUAAUAUAGGGGAUUUUCAAAUCUGUGCAGCAGUUGCCAUACAAAAAAAAUUCAUGGUUUAUUUAAUUGUUCAUUCAUUAAUUUGCCUUUUAAUGAACCUGGUCAUUCACAUUUGUGUAUUUUGUUUUACAGAUCUCCAUUGAGAGCACACUUCAUGCAGUGUAGGUACUGUAAAUACACCUGUGACAGUCAAAAUCUGCUGCUGAGACACUGCAGGCUCAAGCAUUGGCACCCAGGCCGACGUGUACCAUUAUUGUGCCUGUACUCUGAGUGUGUCUGCGCUUUCAAUUUAAAAUGGGAAAUUACAGACAAAAAUUACGCAAUACUGGAUGUAGUGAGCUUGACAAUAGAAGAGAUGAUGGUUCAAGAGUUCCCCAGAAGAAACCAAGAAGAUCAGAAAUCAACUUUCUCCCAGACAAUCCUGUUGGUUUGGAUGAUGCUGCAUUGGAAAAUGAAAGGGAACAUCUUGAGCUUGAAGUAAAAAAAGGAACAUGGACAUUACAAUACUGAACACCAAAAUGGAAACCACAUUCCCUCUUAGAAGAAAAGAAAUAGUCAAUGAGCAGCCCUUGGUCUCUGUCAUCAAAGAAAGAUGGCCUGGCCUCUUUUUGCAGGAGCAACUUUGCGCAGAGUUUCAAAGGAUCACUUGUGUGGACCUCAAAACGGCUUUCAUGACAUCUCUGAACAAACAUAGCAAUGCCCUCAUCAAAAUGUAUCGAGCAAAGAGUAAAGACCUUGCAGAUGAGAUGAAAAUUAUCCUGGACCAUUUUGAUGAGCAGACAACAAACAUCCUGUCACACAGAUACACUACGGCUCUACGGGGACUCCCCUUGUACCUCAGGGAGCGUGAUGCAAUAUCCAAGACUUGUCUGGACACUGAUUUAGAGGAGACUUAUGCAAGAGGAGUGAAACUGGGCAUCCUUGAAGUUAUGGAGGAUGACAUCUCGCAGGCAACAAAGAGAUGUCUUAACUUCAGCAUCAUCCUGGAGGAAACUGUGGUCAUGGAGGACCUAUCUGACUUUCCCACUGCUUUCAUGGUACUCUUUGGACUUCUCUAUGCGCUAAAUAUUGAGUAUCCAAAAGGACUAAAAUACACAUUUGAGGCAGUGCAGAACAUCUUUGUGGGAUUGGGAGAAAAGUGCACCAACAGAGUUCAGUCCCUGAAGAAUAAGAUUUUCACUGUAUAGAGCAGUUUAAGAUGCUUUGAAUAUUUUCAGAUGCUUUUAUGGUUGGUGGGUACCUUUGGCAUAAUAAUGUUUUUGUUUUUAUGUCGCUGUAUAUUGUGGUACUGGUGCAUUUUGAAUUUUUAAGACUUGGUCUUGAAUUCCCUUUAAAGUGAAAUGCUUAUUUGUUUACUUCAUAUCCGUUGAUAUACUGUUCAGUCAAACUAAAUGUUUCAUGUUGAGGUGUGUCAGUGUUUUUUAGAUGGGUGCACUUCUAUUUUAGACCAUGCUUCAAAUUUUGAAAGUUUGUUCCUCCUACAUGCUACUGUUUAGACACACAUUUCAUAUUCAGUGGCAGUGUUUUGUAAAACUGCUUUAACUGAAGCGUUUAAUUUUUGUAUUGCAGUAUUGAAUCACUUUGGUUUAAAUAUUUGUGAAUGUAAAAAAUUUGGUAUCACAGGAUUUUUUUUUUUUUUUAUGAGAUGGUGGUAGCACUACUAUCAUUAUUGAUGCCUAUCUUUGGCAGGUUAGCGCAAUUAUAAAUUUUUUUAUUUGUUUCCUGUGAGAAAUAUUUAAAGACCAAAAAGGAUUAAUCAUCAUGUUGUCAUGAUGAUGGCUAAUUAAAAUGCCAUUUAAUUGCCUUCAACAGGUUGGUGAAAACAUUCUUAUAUUGCUCUUUGGAAUAAAUGUUUUGUUAACAUUCUCACUGUUUUCAGUUCUUGACUUGGGCAAUGGUAUUGUAGUUUCCAGUCGUAACAUAUUAUUACUUAGUACCAAUUUCCAAUAGCAUUUUUUUUGUUCACUCAACUUCAGACAUUUGAGUUCUACAUACAAAAUCUUUUGU